GUAACUGCUAGUUACCUUCCUCUCUAGCAGCCACAUGAUUCUGCAGCCUGGAUCUACACUGGCACCUGCGCAGCUCCUGCUACAGCUGCUCCUGCAACAGCGGACAGUGCAAAGCUGUGGACUCCGCCAGCCUACACUGCCACUGUUGGCACCACUGCCUGCCCACUCCCACACUCAAUGUGUGGAGCCACAGACUUCAGUCCUGAGUGGUAGCAGAACUCAAUGCAAUCCCCACGCUGCCCUGCUCCUCUGCCGCAGGACUAUUUAACCAAUAUAAUUAAAGGAGUUUAAAUGGGAUACAACCAAUAAAAUAAUGAAAGCAAAUCUUAACCAUUCUAUCAAAAUGAAAUGCGAUUUUAAUUGUAACCAUGUCCAUACUGGAUACACCCCAUUAAAGCCUGAUGCAGCAAAGAUGAGAGUAGAAGAAUCCUGUGCUUCAGAUAAUGAAAUGGUGACUUGUAAAGACUGUGCCAAAGAGUGUCAUAAUCUACUGCAUAAUACAAGCCCAAGAAAUCUAGACCUGAAAACUGAAGGAAGGCCUGUACAUAACAAAGAAAACCAGCAAGUACUGUGCAGACUUGGGGAGGAUGCCCAUGAAAUGGAGACACUGGAAAACAGUAGGAUUAAUGAGGACAGUGGUUACUCCUCUAUGUUAAGCACCCAAAGUAAUGAUCCAACAGACCAUGAGGACAGUAUACCAUUGGCAGGAAAUAUCUUUGAUACACCAAAACACUAUCUUAUAAAGAACCAAAGCCGGUUGCAGCUUCCAAAAAAAACCUCGCUGCCAGUUACUCAUUUUGAAGAAUUAAUUUGCUCAACUUUGAAAAAGAGUGGUAAAAGAAAUCUUGGCACCUGGGCUAUUGUGGACAGAAUUAUUUCCAGGGAAAGCAUUGGACUUCAGAAUCUAAUUGGCAGGAAAAUGGGAUUAGAUAGAAUAGACAUUCUCAGUGAACUCUUCCGAAGAGAGUUCAGACAUCUUUUAGCAAACAUUUUAAGGCAUCUUGAUGAGCUGGACUUAAUAAAUGUUGCGAAAGUAAGCACAACAUGGAAGAAAAUUCUGCAACAAGACAAAUGGGCUUCCCAGCUGUAUAGUAAAGCAGUAAAACACAUAUCUGACAGCAAUGCAAAACCCUCAGAACAUGCUGCAACGAGGGAAUAUGUUCUGUGUCGAGCAGCUUUAGCUUCUGUUCAGAAAGCAGUACCACCAAGCAUUUCAUGCAAGAAAUCAUGCAGAGCCAAAGCACCCAAUCAGAACAGCCCUCACAGCAGACUUGUGGAGUUUUCUGAGGCUGCCAAGACCUUGAAAAACACUGAGAGCCUUAAAGUCUGCAGUCGCUGUGGCUCACCUGCAAAAUAUGACUCCUAUCUACAGAGGGCAACAUGCAGUCGUGAAAGCUGUAACUUUGACUUCUGCACCAAGUGCCUAUGCAGCUACCACUGUGCCAGAGACUGUAUGAGUAACAAGCCUGUGAAAUCUAGCUUUAAUCUAGGACCACUUCCCGGCACCAAAAAAAGCAAACAGCAUUUGCGGAGGUUGUGACCUGUUGUGCUCGUAGUAGUGACAAGUGCACUGGAAUGGUUAAUUGCUACUCAGAAGAUGUCCUGAAAAAAAAGUGAACAUGGAAGCGCUUCUUGUGAAUAUGUACUUUUAAAAAAGAAAGUUGAAUGUAUUCUAGAACCAUUUCUUAGUUCUACUCAAUUUUAAAACUUUGUCCAAUUCAAAAUGUAUUUUCCUGAUUUAUACAUUUAAAAGAAAAGAAAUUGAUAUGGAUUCUACAGCAUCUUUUAAACAGUGUUCUAACCUAUCAGUCCUAAUCUGCAGUGUCCCUAUUUUUUUAAGUUAUUUUGGGAAUGUAGUCUUUAGUGUCUUUAAUUAGUAUUUUUCAAUGAUAAGAGGGGAGAAAAGAGCAACAUGUUUUUAGAGAAUGAGUAUAUUUUUAUAAUUGUUGCUUUUGUUACCACAGAAUUGUCUUUUUAAAAGUUUGCAGUGGGAAUUUGAAUUUGAAUGUGCACAUUAGGGAGGUCUUUUAUAUAAGAAAAAUAAGUUAUGGUGGGCCCUUGAUUAUAAGGAGCUGUCUGGGAAUUAGUCAUCUGCCUACAGUUUAAAAUUUGAAAGUUGACAACAUCAGCUAAUCUAAUGAUUUACCUGGAAUUAAUCUUAGAUUUAGUUGAUAUUUCUUCAUUUUCCUUCUUGUAAGAUGAAGAAGCUGCAGACUGGGAUAAACCUGUUACCAUACGCUUCCCUGCCAAAAAAGUAAAUUGGGAUAAUAGAUGGCAUUACCAAAAGAAAAUCACAUUGGUUUGAUUUUCCCUUUUUCAAUAAUUAUAUUUUAAAAUUCUGUAUAUAUUUGUAAAUAUUACUUUAAAUAUUUUCUAUGUGUCUUCUGUGUUGUGACUGUGAAAAUAAAUUAU